AUGUCCUCGAAUAAAGAAACAAUAACAACAACAACAACAACAACUGAAAAAGCGAAUACGUCGCAAAUCGAAAAAAUGCCAUGGCCAGCAUUCUCUGAAGUAUUUCUUUUUCAACCUACCUCUGGUAAGGAAAACAAAUUAGCAUUUAAAUGCAAAUUCUGCGUGGGCGGAAAAAUCAAACACGCUAAUAAAACUUCAUCAGCAAAUUUUAAGAAGCAUAUAAAUAGGAAAUUUGUAGGCUUAAAGCAGAUUAGAUGGCAGGCCAAAUCUGAAGCUUCAACAGUGUUUGCUGGAAUCACUGAAAAUCAUUUGCAGUUUUUAGACGAAGAAGAAAAUAAUUCAAAUAAUUGUGACGAGCUUUGUUUGUCAAGUGAUGGUCUAAACAAGUCUAACAACAAUGAUUAUAUGGAAAUAGGUGAUGUUAUUGAAGAUGGCGUGAUUUGUGUCAGACAUGACUUGUUUAAUAGAAGUAAUAGCUCUGAUAGUUCCAUAAGUGAAGCGAGUGAUGCAGAGGCUGAAGUCGAUGGUCUCUCCCAGAAACUGUGCUUAUGGAAUGUGCAGUACAAUAUAACGCGAGAUGCAUGUAGAACAUUAUUACAAAUUCUCAAGCCCUUACAUCCUGAAUUGCCUUUAGAUCCAAGAACACUUAAUCAGACUCCUAGAAAGGCAGCAGUUCAAAAUCUAAGAAAUGGUUCAUAUGCCCAUGUUGGUUUGAUAAGUGGAUUACAGAAACGUGUGGAAAGUGGUCUAAAAAUUGAUGGCAAUAUGCGUAUAGGAAUAGAUGUAAAUAUUGAUGGGACAAAUAUGACAAAAAGUACGAUUACAGAUGUUUGGCCAAUAUUAUGUCGUUCGUUGGACUUAAAGGAUAGCAGACCAUUUGUAGUAGGGUUUUUUGUUGGUACUGGCAAACCUGACCCUCUUGAGGACUAUCUGCAUUCAUUUAUAGAAGAGACUUUGCAGUUAUUCAAUGAUACCUUAACUGUUGGUGAAAAAAAAAAAUAUGCCAUUGCGGAUCUUGAAGUUACUGUUGGUGAUGAAAAGCAUUUGGAUGUGUGCGUAAUAGCGCAUAAUUGGAUUAGUGAAGAUAGCGAAAAUUGUCUUUAUCUUACUUACUUAGCCCCUAAAAAACAAACUACCAUGACGAAGACAUGCAUGGAGCCCACUGCAAAAUUCAACACCUAUCCAGCCACUAUUCGUGCUUGGUUUGUGACAUAUGAAGAAGCAAGAAGGAAGUUAGAACGAGCUGUUGAUAAAACUGAUUUAGAAUCUGAUGCAAACGGAGAUAAGGCAAAUCGAGGUUUACGCAAGAGAAAACAUUUUACAGAUUUGUCAUCGUCGGAAGAUGAAACCGAUGAAAAUCCGACAAAAGUAGGAAAAUCUGAUUCUGCUUCACAUAAGGGCAACAGUUUGGUUUUGCCAACAUUUACUUUCUCGCUUUUGCCUGAAGAAACUGUUUCAUCAGUAUCACAAAGCAUCAGUGACCAGACCAAAGAGAACGCAACAACAGAUAAAUCUCAACGAUCUGUUCUCGAGAUUGCUGAUAUUAAUGAAAAAGUGGAAAACUAUAAUGUGCUUGUGUUAAAUCCAUUGGAAAGUGUUAGAAGCCCCUCAAAUUAUAAUUCAAAUGACUUUCUAAUUACUGCAAAAGGUGGGAAUAACAUUUGCACUAAUUUUGAGAAAACAGACCCUCGAGCAACAAGUUUCCCACGAGAACACGACAUUACCUCUGAUUCUUUUAGCGAAGAUGACACUAAGGAUUUAGAUCAUUCUCAUGAACUCUCAGACUCCACUAGCAGCAAAAGUAUUGAAACGGCUACUACAAGCACAAUGUGUGCCAAGCAAAUUGAUAAACUUUCACCUAUUCAGGUUAUGAAACUGCAGUACGAAAAACUCUGUGUAAUUGAAAAGAAGAACACGAAGCUCCAAACAACAGUUGAAGAAGUAGCCAGCUUUUAUUAA